UGAUGUAGUGGUUCUCAGACUGUGUUCCAUAGCAUAAGAGGGUCUGCAAAGACUUUCCACAGAUCCUUGACAGUUCCAAAGUUCAAAUUUUUGUAUGCAGAAUUUAUUUGCCUCUUUUUGAAUCCACCCCUGCUUCUAGAUACUGCUAAACCAGCAUUUCUAGACUCAGUUCAGUUUUAUCUCCAGUUUUACUUUUGAAGAAUUAUUUCAUUUUUUUUCCCAUUGGAAGACUCCAGAUUGAUACACACAUCAGGAAUGAAUAAAUAAAUAAAUAAAUAUCAGAUGAAGAUGCUCCUGAAGCCAGUGACAGAGGAUUUACAAACUUGGGAAAAAAGUUAAUCCUUGAUAUUAACACCAGGGUCUGAGAGGGAUAGGGUGUGCAGUUUUAAUUGCAAUUAAUGUGUUUGAGAGGGGGCAUGAAUUUUGGAAAAGUUUGGGCAGAGUUUCUUCAAGUUCAAUAAUUUCUAGUCUAGUGUUUCCAAGACAGAAUGGCUAAUUUCUAACUGCCUCAAAGCUGUCCUAUUGAUCUAUUAGCCAGUUUCCAGACAUUUCAGAUACUUGGAGGGGAAAAAUAGCCUUUUUAUUUAAUUGCUUGUUUCUGUGGAGGAUGACUGACAUUGAUUUUAAUACUGCAAAAUGCGACUACAAGUUUCCUUUUUGUUUCAGUUUUUAGUUUCACCUCAUCAUUUUGUCAAUUUUAGCAGCUGCAUUGAUUCACGUACUACAGAGCAGUAGAGAUAUUUGGUUCAAUAAUUUAAAUAAAGUCUGACUGAUAAUUAAAACUUAUCUUUACAAAUUCAAGGACAACAUUUUUUCUUGUUAAAUGUUGCAGAAGGGAGUAUCUUCAGUGUGCUAGGAAUUUACUUGUGUUAUCCAAGGCUCUUCAUUGCGUUUCUUUAUCUUUCUUCUAACUCAUUCCUUUGAAACUGUGGUAUGAUGGCUUUGAUGUGAAGUUAAAGGUCCAAGAUCAACUCACCAUGAUGAAGAGACAAGUGGAAGAGAGAGCGAAUUUAACUGCUAUCUGUAGUGUUGGAAGAAACAAAGGAAGAACAGAGGCACAAAAGGGAGCUUAUGAUCACAUUCUUCUGGAUAUACCUGUCACUCGAGAACAGACAAAUCACUAUCGGGCUGUGGCUGAAACUGCCCGUAGUGAACUUGCAGCACUUCUGGUAAAGUAUGAAUGUGCCCAGUCAGAGCUUCUAGAUCUCAGAUCCAAAAUGGUCUCUAAAGAAGUCUCAUUGCAAGAGCUGAAGGCUGAAGUGGAAAGCUACAAGGAAAACAAUGCUAGACAAUCCUCUCUACUCCUCUCUUUGCAAAAUCGAGUUCAGGAGAUGGAGGAGGAAUCAGGUGUGCUUGCCACUUCCAAAAAACAGACAGACCUAACAGCACAUGUUUUGCUCCAGGAGAAUUGGGAGUUGAAGGAGAAGAUCCAUAACCAAGAAGCCAAACUGAACAAAUAUUUGGACGAAUGUGAAGAAAGCAAGAAUCAAGCUUCUAAGAUCAGCUGGAAGCAUGGUGAAUUCUUAACACAGCUUUCUGGAUUCCUGGACGUAGACAUCAGAGGAAAAGAGGAACCACACAAACAUUUAAUUUCAAAGGUCAAUCAGAUGCAUAAAGAAAAUACAAUGCUAAAAGGGCAGAUUGCCACUCUUGCAGAGGCUAUCAAUGUUCAUGAGAUAGAGUCAAAAGCUAGCAGAGAAACCAUCAUGAGGCUUGUUUCGGAAGUCAGCAAAGAGCAGAAAAAGGCCGUAGCCUACUCCCAAGACACGGACAAGCUUAGCAAGGAUCUGGACAGUGCUUUAACAGCCAAACAGAGUCUAGAGAAGGAGAUCAGAAGCCUCCAAGAUCGGCUGGCUGCUAGCCAGAGGGCUUGGGAAGCCUCAAAGCAGGAACUGCACCACCUGAAGAGAUGUUCCAGUGAGAUGGAUGGGAGUCUGAAAAGCAGCAUAGACGAGGCCAGGACUGCUCAGAGUCUGCUGAGUGCUUUUAAAGAGCAAGUUGCUACCCUUCUUAGCAACAGUUCUGUAAUAGUUAAACCCUCUGAGGAGGCUAUUAUGGAGCGAGUUCGAGAACUUGGCCACAGGGAAGAGAGCAAAAAGAUAAUGGUGUCCCAGCUUGAAGCCCAAAUAGCUAAACUGACUGAGCAGCUGGAGAAUCAGACCAGAUUGCACCAGGAGGCUCUGCAAAAGGCCAGGAAAGCAGAAAAACAAUUUGAGACACUCCAGGAUCAAUUGAUGCGUCUGGAUGGGGAGUUGGUGUCUGGAGACAUGAUGCGAGAUGAUUUGAAGCUUGAGAAACAAAAAUAUCUUAAAUUUCUGGAACAACUUUCUGAUAAAAUGAAGCUGGACAGUGUUGCAUCUGAGAUUGGGCUCGAUAUGAGUCUGGAUGCGAUUCUGGCCCGUGCAGAGCAGUUGGUCAAACUGGAAAGUGAUGCAGUGAUUGAAAACAAGACUAUGGCACACAACCUACAAAGGAAGUUGAAAGCUCAGAAAGAAAAGCUUGAGAGCAAAGAGCUGCAUAUGAACCUUCUGCGGCAGAAAAUAUCCCAGCUGGAAGAGGAAAAGCAAGUGCGAACAGCCCUCGCUGUGGAGAGAGAUGAGGCCAACCUCACCAUCAGAAAGUUACAGAAGAAGGUGGAGAGGUUACAGAAGGAGCUGGGCCUGGCAAGAGACUUGAACACUGAUCUCAAAGCCAAACUGUCUGACACCAAUGAACUGAAAGUCAAAACUCUAGAACAGACUAGAACCAUUGAGGAACUAAACAAGUCUCAAGGCAAGCUGGAAAAGAUGAAGGAGAAGGCUGAGAAGCAGCUGAUCUGUGUCAAAUCAGAGCUACAGUUUACGGAGCAUGAAGCUAAGGAGGAUAAAGAAAGGGCCAGGAGUAUGCUAGAAGCAGUUACCAGUGAACUGAAAGCGCUUAAAACAACCCUGGCAGAGGUAUCAAAAAGAGAAAGGCAGCUGGCAGAGUUCCGUGAGGUGGUCUCGCAUAUGUUGGGCCUUAGUGUUACCAGCCUUGCGCUCCCUGACUAUGAAAUCAUCACACGUCUCGAGGGGUUGAUCCAUUCUCAUCAGCACCAUUUUGUUCCCUGUGUCUGCCUCAAAGAUGUGGCAGUGAGGCAAGAUGGACACUCGCAAAGCCACUUACAGCUUCUUCACUGAACAGUGCCUCUUUGAGAGACAGCCGGACAGAACUCAGCUGGCUCUUAUGCUGAUGUUCAUUUUCAACACUGAGUCCUGAGGGGAUUGUGGGUGAUUUGAGCAAAUAUUCCUAUAACCAUCUCUCUCUAAAUGUACAUAUGGAGUGAAAUCAUGGCCCCAUUGAAGUCAAGAGGAGGUUAGCAAUUGCCUUCAGUAGAGCUAGGAUUUCACCCACUGUACCGGCAGUGAAACAAAAUACAGAAAAGGAUCCAACCUAAAUUUUAAUUUCGUGCACUCUAGACACAGAAGUAUUUUUAAUAAGCAAUAUUUUAAUACAGCUAAUAGGUGUCUGUUUCCCUGUCCAGGAACAAACAUAUGUAAUUCCUCCUACUGUUAAUGACAGUUAACUGUACAAUUUCACAUAGGUUGAUAAGAGGCCAGCCAUAUCACCCCCAAUAUAAAGCUUGUAUGUAAUCAAGCUUUAAACUAUAAACCUGCCUCUGCUGCAUGGUUCAUAGGACAGCCAGAUUGUUGGGCAGAUAAGAGAGGUAGCUAUUCAGUUACAUCCCCCAACCAACACAUACUUUGCUCUCAUCAUUGUUAGCCCCUAUGCGCCCACUGUAGUUGAGCUUUAGCAGCUUAAUUGGGUGGUGGAAAGCCAGAGGAUAUGAAGUUAGGAAGCAGCAUGCUCUCACCUCAGAGCAGUGUAAGUUGUGAUGCAACACACGUAAUUGCAACAAGUUCCCUUUUGCAUAAUUAACAUACUGUAGAGGGGUUAGGUAGGAGCAUGUGGAUGGCACAAAACUAGCCAAUAUCCAUGCAGUAGUAUGGGAGCCCUGGAAUGGCCAAGAUCGACUCACAAUUAUGCAAUGUUCUUUCUAAUGGAUCUUGACUGCUACAAAAAUCAAGGAGGGGAACAGACCCUCUGGCCUUUUAGUUUUUCCUUCAGCUAAGAAUGAUACAGUGGAAUUGAGGUUGCCCAGCUUCUACUUUCAAAAUCAGAGCUCCCCUUCUGUGCAUUUUUAUUCAUGAAGGGGUUUUAGUUUGGAUAAAUUUGAUUGUAUUUGUAUGCCAUAAAAGCACCACAUUUUUGGCAUGAAGAACUCAAUUCUUCCAGUAAUCUUCCUUUACUACUCAGUUGCCAAAACAAAGGUAGAAAAUAACUUUAGAUCUCUUCAAUAUUAAUCUCUUCACACACUGUCCUGUCAUUUAAAUAUCACAGAUAUUUUUGAAGGGAUCACGUCUUACCUUUACUUCCUGAAAAGAAAAUAUGAUGAUGUCUUUUGUAGAGCAGCAGAAAUCUUUUCUUAGCUGUUGUAUUUGUCUGGCUGUUGCUUUUUAAGCAGUUCAAAUUGUAGCUCUACUUAAUUAAAAUUAAUUAAAAAUAUUCUGAUUCAAUGCAUCAAAAAGUUUAAUGACAAGAAGAAACUUCAUUUAAAAAAAGAAAAAAAAAAA